GAAAUUGGAGAUUUAAUUGAUAUAAUUAAUGUGUAUUUCCGCCCCCUUUCGGUAAUGGUGGAUGUGAAGUUUGGUACGAUCAAAGAAUAUAUAAAUGUUCAAAGAGUGUGAUUUGUCUUUUACUUGAUUUCGGUUUACUUGUAUCGCCUGUGAAAGGGUGCACGGUAAAAUUGCGGGUUUAGAAUCGGAAUGCAGGGCUGACGUGUAUUUUAUUUAUGGUGUAGUUCAAUAUUUUUGAUACUUUCGAAGAAUGGAACUUCAUAGAGAUACAACAUUAAAUACAAGAUUUGUACCUUGGUUUAAUAUGUCUGAAUGGGACGAAGCUUACAAGCAGAUUUAUUCAGAUGACACAGUGGCACAAGUGAAAGGUUUUGAACGUUUACUUGUUUGGAAAGCAAGGUGUCCGCAGGGCAUCCCAACUGGAGCACAGUGCACAUUAGACCUAAUCCAGAUAUGCCUGAAAGACAGGGAAGUGUGGCCUCAGAUUGCAAAUGGCUUGAUGCCUCCCUACCAUGAACAUGAGUUGCAACUAAUGUAUGCCAUGGCUGUUCUGAGAUACCUGAACCAUCUUGCAACACUGGCAAAAAAUAAGAUUCAGAGUCUGUAUAAUAUGGCAGCUAGGCUACACAUACCUGACUGGAUCGUUAAUAUACGUCAUGACACUUCACACAACCACAAUCUGCCAUCACUUACCAUCUUGAGAGAAGCAGCUCAUUUUUGUCUAGAUUGGAUACAUGAACAUUAUUGGAAGAACGAGGCAGAGAUGACAACAGACUGGAUUGCGGGUGAUGAGUCAAACGUCUACAUUGAAGUGGUCCAUAAAUUGAAAGAGAUUGUUGAAACAUGGCAGGCAAUCAUGUUGUAUUCAUCAGCUGGUCUUACAACUUUUGCUGAAAUACCAGAUUUAAAAUUGCAGAAACAUCUCCGUGAUGAGAAAGAGAAAUACGGUGUAAGGAAUAUGGAUAAAAUGAUAAGGAAAUUGAGACAUCGAGGACAUACAUUACAAAACACUGAGAUGUCUGAAGCACAGAUUCUCAUAAUCAAUCAACUGAAAGCCUGCAUGGAAACAAGUGGCAUGUUUGGAGACAGACAUGAGAUCCUGGUUAAUGUCUUGCUGGAAGGAGAUGGCUUUUUAGCAUCACCAGACUUUUUAUCGGUAUUCAACUGUGAUGGUAAUGCUUUGGGACUGACAAAUGAUAGCCUUCCAGUUAAUUUCCGAAGUUUAUGGAAAGCCAUGUUAAACUUCCUAUAUCAGAGCAAAGUAAUUCCUUUACUCAUGGAAAAGCUAAUUGACAUAUCUAAUUCUGGGAACGAGAGUCGUCAUCGUCGUAAAAUGGCUGCUAUAUGGCUUAAAGAAUUGGCCCAGGGUCUCAGUAAAGUUAAGAAAACUGUAGAAUUGGUUCAGAACUGGGAUCAGAAAGGGUUUGGUAGCAGAGAAUCACGAAAAGUGUACAAAACUCAGAAAUCAAAAUCAAAAAGAAAGCUGAAAAUGAAACUUACUACUUCACACAUUCACAAAGAAAUGGUAAAGAAAGUUGAGAAAUGUAAUCCACAUCUGAAGAAGGUAAUGCCAUUAAAAAUCCAGAAGUUGCCAAACAAAUUGACUAAAUUACAACUUAUACAGGAAACCAUUGUGAAACCCAGCACAUGGACAAAGAUCUUCCUUCCAAGUGUGAUGGAACUUUUGGACCCUCCACUACCUAAAGAUACUAAAGAGAAGCUAAUAACUUUGGUUGACAUUUAUACCCAAGAACAGCAUUUGUCAAAUGAAGAAAGCAUUUUAAUGGAUUCACAAGUCUACACAGUCAGUAACAUCAAGGGGAAACAUGGGGUAAUUCAGAGUGAUUGUGUUGAAGAAAUGGAUGUGAUAGACAACGUAAUGAAAAGCCAAGCAACCUGUUCAUCUCCCGCAAUACAGUCCCACUGGACUCGUUAUGAAGAUCUCGAGGCUUGGAGUAAAUGUCCUCUCGGAAAACUACCAUGGCAAACUGAAGGGUCUGCAUUGCAGUUUCAACUUCCCUGUGACUGUAUCUGGCAACCAUGCAAACAGCUAGAUAACUAUAGAAUUGCAGAAAAGAAUCUACCUGGGUUCUUCCAUAAGAAUAUCAACUGGGAUGAAGUGCUCUCAAAACGACCAAGAAGAAACAAACAGAUGCAUCGAGAAUAUCGAUAUACAGAUGUAGUUGAAAAGGCUUUCUCUAUGGUAUCAAAUGUAAACUAGCAAGGUAUCUUGCUACAGUUGAUCAUAAUAGAUGGUUGCAAGUCUGAAAAUAAUAUCCAAGACAGCAGAUUGGUAUUCUUGAGUUUCUUGGUUUGUUUCCUUAUAUUAUAAUUUAGCAUGUAUGAAUAUACAAGGAGCAGUCAGAAAAUAAAUUUAUAAGACAUAUA